CUUCGCUUUGCACACCGAACAGCCACGUGCUUACCGCUUAUCCACCGGUUCAAUGGAUUCUUAUGUGUGGUAAUGUCUGUUUACCAACAAAAAGUAGUCUUCUUUUCCAUGUUCGGCGGCCACAUUCGAUUUGAACCGGUGGUCGAUUCUAUCGAUUCUUAAAGUACCUUUAGUCAUUUACCUACAGUGUUCCAGUGAGCAAGCAUCUACAAUAGCAGCAGCAGUAAAGAAGCUAGGCAGCAGCUAAUCAGUCGAGCAAAACGCAAAAUUCGUUGGCAUUUACAACCAUGACGUCAGCACGCGAUGAAGAAAAGUACAUUUUGUACGGUGGUCCCGAUCCGACUGAACUACUUCAAGAUGGAUCGCUUGGAGCUAUGAUUGUGAAAGAACUACGAGAGCAUCCGGACAAUGUUGGAUUGAUUGAUCCAGAGAGUGAAAUUCAGCUAACCUACCAACAAAUCUUGGAACAGUCAGCUCGAGUGUCAACGGGAUUGACUCGAUUAGGACUCACCAAGUCCGAUAAUGUGGCAAUUGUUAGUGAGAAUUGUUUGGAGUACUGCUUUGCCAUGUUCGGUUCCAUAUUCGUGGCUGCACCACUUGCACUUUUGAACCCGGCCUAUGUGGAAGGUGAACUUCAGCAUGCAAUCAAUCUAUCGCGGCCGAAGAUAAUUUUCGUCUCGCCCAACGUGUUGGAAAAAAUUGUCGGCGUGAUUUGGAAGAUGCAACUUAACGUAAAGGUUGUACUGUUUGGAGAUCACCCCAAGGUGUCCGCUUACACGGAAGUAAUGAGAUUCUCGGAAUUAAUCGAUCCAACAGCUCCCGCAAGUAAUUACGUGCCCGAUUCGGUGGAUGUAAACUCACACGUAGCGUUGAUUGUCCUAUCAUCUGGGACUACGGGUCUUCCAAAAGGCGUUCAGCUGACUCAUAUCAACAUAAUGACCACCGUAGCUCAUUCUAAAGAAGCAAGCAAAAUAUUGGAGCUACCCGAUCAACUAGUUGCCUUAGCUGCUACUCCUUUGUAUCAUGUCGUAGCCGGAGUUGGGUUAAUCAAUAUGGUAACCAACAACUGCCGAUGCGUGCUGAUGCCAAAAUUCGAUGUACAUAUGUUCCUUAACAGUAUUCAAAAGUAUAAGGUGAAUCUUAUGACGGUCGUUCCGCCCUUGAUGGUGUUUUUAGCAAAGCACCCUAUUGUCGAUAACUACGAUUUAUCUUCGCUGAUGACGCUGAUUUGUGGUGCGGCCCCGUUGAGUAAAGAAAUUGAAGAUCAAGUCCGUGAGCGGCUAGGAAUUGCUUUCAUUCGCCAAGGGUACGGAAUGAGUGAGACCACACUUGGCGUGCUGAUGCAAACUGGGUUCGAAAACAAAGCGGGUUGCGUCGGCAAAGUUCGGCUGGGUCAGUGGGUUAAAGUAAUUGAACCAGAGACAGGGAAAAUCCUGGGACCGAAUCAACGUGGAGAGCUUUGCUUCAAAGGUUCGCUCAUAAUGAAAGGCUAUGUGGGAAAGGAACACGCUAUCGAUAAAGACGGAUGGCUGCACACCGGUGACAUCGGUUAUUACGACGAUGACGAAGAUUUCUUUAUUGUUGACCGUAUCAAAGAGCUUAUCAAAUACAAAGGCUUUCAGGUACCGCCAGCCGAGCUUGAGGCAAUCUUGCUGAAACACCCAAAAGUUAAAGAUGCCGCUGUAAUCGGACUCCCGGAUGAACGGGUAGGUGAGCUGGCGACGGCCUUUGUCGUCAAGGAAGAUGGCCAAGAAGUAACCGGUGCAGAGAUUAUUAAAUACGUAGCCGAGCAAGUUUCGCAGCAGAAACAGCUACAUGGAGGAGUUCGUUUCAUCGAUGUAGUCCCGAAAACUACAACGGGGAAAAUUCUUCGGCGGGAACUACGAGAACUGGCUAAAAAUACUAACUCAAAAUUGUAAGGACAACCCAUAUCAAUACCAGGCAGAUCCCACUGGUAGUCAGUAUCCAGCUUAUAUCGUGCCACAAACAGCAAUCGGUGGACGUAACAGUAGCAAUAUUUAGGCUGUGUAAACCAUAGCCGAUGGUGGGUUGAGUGUUUGCACAAAUUGUUGUGAUUAAUGACUCGUAUCGAUGACUGGCGCACACACCCUGAUUGGAUGGUAUAGAGUUUAACAUGUAUCGACAGUCAACCAACAAACCGUGAUCAAAUUUCAAAAAAGGACUGCUGGAUGUGCUCUUAG